CUCCCUUUCUCUCAGACGAAGGCAUGGCGAGCACCGACACCCAGAGAGAGUGCGAGACAGAGGGCUGCAGCAAGGAGGCCAAACUUCAGUGUCCGACAUGUAUCAAGCUCGGCAUCCAGGGCUCGUACUUCUGCUCACAGAUUGAUGCUGCUCCACAGCUUUGUUGAUGGUCAGACAACAGACAACAUCACGUGGUCUGGACACACCGCUGACUGCUCUCAGGAAUGUUUCAAAGGGAGCUGGGCGUCUCACAAGCUGCUGCACAAAAAAGCAAAAGAAGACCAGAACCAGAAUGACGUGAAGAACUGCACAGAGUUAGACAUCAACACAGACCCGUGGCCCGGCUACCGCUACUCAGGAAAACUACGUCCUCACUACCCCCUGACUCCCAAGAGGCCCGUACCCAGUGACAUCCAGAGGCCCGACUAUGCUGACCAUCCCAGAGGUCAUCCCACAGGAAUGUCCGAGUCUGAGCAGUUUCUGAAAGGAACGUCCCAGAUCAAGAUCCUGUCUCCAGAGGACAUCGAAGGCAUGAGGGUGGUGUCCAAGCUGGCAAGAGAAGUCCUGGACAUCGCAGCUGUGAUGGUGAAGCCAGGAGUGACCACGGAAGAGAUCGAUCACGCUGUUCACCUGGCCUGUACUGCACGGAACUGCUACCCCUCCCCCCUCAACUACUACAACUUUCCAAAGUCCUGCUGCACCUCAGUCAAUGAAGUCAUCUGUCACGGCAUCCCAGACAGAAGACAGCUGCAGGACGGAGACAUCCUCAACGUGGACAUCACCGUCUACCACAACGGUUUCCAUGGUGACCUGAAUGAAACCUUCUUUGUCGGUGAGGUGGACGAAGAAGCGAAGAAGCUGGUCCAGACCACGUACGAAUGUCUUAUGCAAGCUAUCGACUCUGUCAAACCUGGCGUCCGUUACAGAGAGUUAGGAAACAUCAUCCAGAAACACGCUCAGGCCAACGGCUUCUCUGUGGUGCGCAGCUACUGUGGCCACGGGAUCCACCGACUGUUUCACACCGCCCCCAACGUGCCACACUACGCCAAAAACAAAGCAGUCGGUGUGAUGAAGCCUGGUCACGUGUUCACCAUCGAGCCCAUGAUCUGUGAAGGAGGUUGGCAGGACGAGACCUGGCCCGACGGCUGGACGGCCGUGACCAGGGACGGGAGGCGCUCGGCUCAGUUUGAACACACCCUGUUGGUGACGGAGACGGGCUGUGAGAUUCUCACCCGCCGCCAUGAGGAGAACAGUCAGGCUCACUUCCUGAGCCAAAUGUAGUCUGGACAGGAACCCUCUGAGGACCGGACCGGACCGGACUGACACGGACACGGGUCAAACCUGGGGUUCCUACAGAAACCCACAGGUUUGGACCACGAGGCGCCACCUGACGGAGCUCUGGAUGUUCUCUCCAUUAAAUCAUGGUUUCUCAAACUACGGCUGAAGUACUUGAAUGUGUCUUAUAUCACCUGUGGGUUACUCUAAACUGUCUGCUCGGAGUAAAGUAUUCAUGUCCCUGUGGCUCCACUCUGUGGCUCCACCCUGUAACGACAUCCUCCAUGGCUUUCUGUGUGGUGUUCUGAGUGAAGACCGUGGUAGAACCCUGGUAGAACCCGGAGGAACCGGCAGCUCAACAUGUGUUGGUCACUGUGACCAGAUCAGUUUGAAGACUAGUGGUCACUGAGCUGUGGUGUAGCACCACCUGGUGGACAGCUGCUCACUGAUCAACAACACAAUGUGUUUCAGUAUGUGGUCCGAAAAUCCUCAAACAGAGCAGUUACUGAAGCUUUACGUUGAUCUGGUUGUUGUUGUUGAUCUGGUUGUUGUUGUUGAUCUGGUUGUUGUUAUUGUGGUUGUUGUUUAUUCACAACAACCACAACAACAAAAAAGUUCCUUUUUUUAUUGUUGUUGUUCAGGUUUUUAGAGACUUCCUGUUUCAUGUUCUCACAAAACAUCUAUGCCAUUGUCUAGGAUUCAGUGUACUGCAGUACUACUAUAGUACUACACCAAAGGGAAAUAAAGCAGUGUUUUAAAAAUCUGGAUUGAUUAAAAAAAAAAAAGUUGAACCCCCCCUCAUAAAACACUUAC